AUGGACGAAACAUAUCCGUUUCGAUGGGAACCAUAUUGCUGUUUCUGUCUCUUUGGCUUCAUUGAUGGGGACAAGGUACUCAGACCUUCUCACCCAUCUGAAGCAAAUCCCGAUGGUACGACAAACCCACCAGUGCUAUUUGAUUACAAAACACCGGUUUUCAACCCAAACAAUCACCAAUGCAUUCCGCCGCGCCACUGGAGACGGUAUAAGGAUGUCCUUCCCGCAUCGCAUCUGUCUUGUAACCAAAAUUGGUCAUUUGUCUCCAUGAGGCGACUAUGGGAACUGGUCCACUACGACUUUCAGCCGCCGCUCUCUGAUGUGAAUCGAAGAAUAUCUAUCUUGGCUAAUAAAGCAGCCAGUGUGACCAUGCCCGAUCUUCAAAAACAAGCCAGGUCACGCGUGGAGACCUUUCUCUCGUCGCAGACAAUUCCUCUGUCAUUCCAAAGCAACAGAGAUGGUCGUGUGCUUUUCGUCGUCGACGUUUUCCGACCUAUUUGGAGGACAACUGUGAUGUUUGAUGGCAUUCGAUACCUGAAUUGUCUGUCGAACAAGCAGGAUGGCAAACACUUUCGUCCGAUAAAAACACAUAGGGGAGAUAUUGUUAACAUCUACUUUGCCUCGAAUCAUCUCGGAGUGGUAGCAAUGUACUUUUCCAAAUAUGGAAUGUCAAAACAGGACUGGCCUGGUGUUUGGUGGAGUCGCCUCACACUGAGUAGAACGCAUCACUUGCUUAGAGCAUACACCGAUGGUUUCAAGAUUCGUGACCUGCGACGAGUGGAAUCACUUCACUCGACCUCCGAAAGCUCGCCCAUCAGAUGGUCUGUAUUGCCGCCAAAUCCAACAGCGGUAUGGCUGUGCUUGGACUGCAGCAGGCCUGGAAUUACUGGCUAUUCAGCGUGUAUGGUUGAUGGGGAUCUUGUAGAUCUGCACUGCCAUAUUGAAGGAGAGGAUCUUACGUUCUAUCAAGACGGUGGCGGUGAUAGACUGCAUGCAGUUUGGCUGUACUUCCCCGUCGAACAAGGCGAGCGAAUCUUUGAAGUUUGGCGACGGCGGAAAAGACCUCACUUUUGUCGAGAUAUCCCCAUGUUACGGACGAAUAAGGGACGUGUCUUUGUUUUAGGCACACAUAUCUCCCAACAUGAUAUCGUCGUCAAAUACGACUGUAUCACCUCAUUCCCAACGGAAAAACAUGCUCGGUUCUGGUUCUGCUACCGCGAAGGCUGCGUCGAUUAUCUUGCGUUCGACACUGAGGAUAAACGUCUCGAAAACGACCCGAUCGUACAAUUGGAAGGCUCCUCUGCGCUGUGCUCUUCAGGCCUAUCGAACCAAAGAUUCGCUACAUCUGCGACACUGAAAGAUGUAGUUGAGGUUGUGCCAUGUAGAUCAUGGGCGCCUGGAUCAACAGGCAUCGCCGGGCUUUUGUUGACGUACUCUGAUGGCCAUCGUGAAACGGUAGGGCAGUUCAUGGCGGAAACACAUGUGAGGCUGGACUCCGAUGGCGCCGUGUUGAAUGGAAAGGUCGUCUGGAUUGGUUAUUUUGGUAUGGGCGAUGCCUUAUUAGCUGGCACGCGCAGGCUAUUCCUGUUGGUCAUAUCAAUACAGUACUGGAGGCACAAGGAGGGAGGGGAUGGGAGACGGAGACGCCAACAACAGCUAUAA